AUUGAUUAAUAUUCAGUUCAAUACGAGCAAUAAUGUGUAACAGUAGUGUCACUAAAAUAAAACUAAAAGAUCACAAAAUGGGUCCUUUCUUAUUGGUUUUUUUUAUUGUGAGCUCAAAUUUUUUAUUUAUAAAGGCGGAAGAUGACGGAAUUAUAAAAAUAAAUAUAACUAAGGAAACUGGAAAAUGUAUAAUACCACAGCUUAGUUACAAGUUUAAAGAAGGUAUGAACUUAAGUAUAGUGUUACCAACGGACCCUUUCAUCAAUUAUGGAUGGUUACAUGUAAACAAGUCAAAUAAUGAAUCGUUCACUAUCGACGGUACCCUCAAAAGCAACCAGACCACACCAUACACAACCGUGGUGAAUCGCUACAUGGCGGGCGCAUGGGAAUUUGAGUUCUACUUAUAUCGGGAUAAUCAAGAUAUUCUACCCAACAUCAGAAAAGUACCUUAUACGCAAAAUCAGAAUAGAGCCUAUUAUACUCCAAUCAAAUGUCAUACACACGUUACAGUAGAUUGGAGCGACACGGUAUUAGAUACGAAAUUCAUCAUCAUCUGUUCUAUUUUGGGGACUUUAGCAUUGCUCAUCAUUAUAGUACAAGCUAUUUACAUCUUCUACUUAAAAUCCUUGGCUCGAAGAUUAAAUGCUCAUAACAACUUGUCGAAGAAGGCGGAUUCCAGCCAAAGUGACAGAGCUCGCUACUGUUCCAACCCUCGGCAGAAGAAGAUCAAGGAAGUGGCGCCAGUUGACAGAGACAGUGUCAUAUAUGAAGCACCAAAUAUUGAAAUUAAUGACAUUGGUCGAAAACAUCUGUUUCCUCCAAAUCCGCCAGCUAUAUCAACGAUGCCACGUACACCACAAAUGGACCGGAGUAUGGGAAUGCACCAGCCGAUGCAUGGAGCCACCCUAAACCGAAGCCCAGGCAUGGACCAUACACACUCCUUCCCAAGACAGCCAGAUCGUGAUAUGGCGAGCCGGCCCCCGCUGCCUUUGCCCCCACAAGACAACUACGAAGUUUAUGAACAAAUGAAUGAUGAUAUGGACACCUACGAGCCACCGCCAGUAGCCAGCCACACAAUGCCACCUAGACUACCAAUGCCUCCGAAGAAGGUGCCCACAGCAAACCUGGUCAAUGUGAAGGAGGAUACACUGAAGGCCAGAAGAGGUGCCAGACCUCCCAUCACUCCCAAACCUCAAAUGCCACAUCCUGCUGCACCGGUGAAUGAACUGGAGCAGGUCUUGAAAAGGAGGCAAGCUGGGAUCGAAUCAGCAACUGUAUCAAGAAACAAUGAAUUGGAAGAAGCAUUCAGAAAACGAAAUAAUGUAAAACAAGUGCCAAUCGUCUCAAUACCAGACCCCAGUGCAGCGAAGCCCAGGUUUACUGCAAAAUCAAAGCCGCAGAUGCCACAGCCACAACCAAUGCAGGAAGAAAUCUACUAUAAUGAAAACCAAGCAUCUUCGGACGAAGAAUGGACCUACGAACCUUUGAAACCACAUAAAAAUUACGACUCUAACAUAUACAACAUAUAAUAUACUUUAAAAUUAUUGUAAAUAGGGUUAAAUUUUGAUUGUUAGAAGUAGAUAGGCCGAUUUCGAUGGGUCAAAAGGCAGAUGUAAUCGAUUUAGGCGGAGGUGCAUGAUUGAGGAGGUGUAUUAAGUGUAACAUCCUGCCUCGUUGGUCGAGUGGUCGCAAGUGCGACUGCCUAACAAGGAGUCUCCGGUCCGAUUCCCGAGUCGAGCAAACUAUAGCUGGGUAUUUUUUUCGAAUUUUAGAAAAUUUCUCAGUGGUAUCACCGAGUCUGAUAUUGUGCCCAGUAUAUGGCAAUAGGCUCACCCCCUAUUACAUGGGACUUAUAACACAAAUUCUGAAAGUGGGUGUACAUUGUAUGACGGGGAUAAAAGGCGUGACGUUAACGAUGAUGUAAUAUCCAGUAAGCCAGAUAUGUUAUGAGUAGAAGCGAUCCAAUCUUGGAUACUUGUCCCACCGACGACGAUGAUCAAGAAAUGGAAUUAGAUACUAAAAGAGUUUUAUCCAUGAAGCACAUACAAAGAGGAGAUAUUAUAGGUAAUUAGAGUGUGGGAGAGCCAUGCUUCGGCACGAAUGGGCCGGCUCGACCGGAGUGAUACCACGGCCUCACAGAAAACCGACGUGAAACAACGCUUGCGUUGUCUUUCGUCGUGUAAGUUAGGUUACCGGAGGCCUCAUACCUAUUUUCAUUUGGAAAAUAUGUAUUGUAAGUAUGUCAUAUUUAAUUAAGAUAUUUCAAAAAGGUGCUAGACAAAACAAAGAUUUGAAUGCUUAAUUUUUGUAAUAACUAUCUUGAGACAUAUUAAAUUAACUAAAAAUCACAGUUUACAUACGUAAAUUAAUGGUGAAAAGCUCUACUAGUUUCGAGUCACAGAGGGACUCUUCAUCAUGAGCAGCGUGCGCAGACGCGGCGACGUCUCGCAGGCUGCGCCGUGAUUUUUAGUUAAUGAACGCUUCAUAUUAUUUUUAAAUCGUCUUGUAAGAGAUGCCAUGUAAAUAUUUCGAUGUUGGUAUGUUUGUAAAGAAUAAUUGUAUAUACCUACCUAUUGUUACCUAUAUAGUGGGCAGUGAAUCUAGUUACUCCAUUUGUCAAAUAUAUCCAAUGCUUAUAAAAUGAAAAAAUACCUUUAUUAACCGAUUUCAAAAAAGGUUCUCAGUUUCACUUAUAAGUAUGUAUGUAUAUUUGUGAGCGAUUAUCUCGCGUUUAUCUGAACCGAUUUCGAUGUGGUUUUCAACAUAGUAUUUAUUAGACUUAGGAGAAGGUUUUAAGGAACCUGACUUAAAAAAAAAGGAGAUGGUAAAGAAAAAUGAAGGCGGAUACCUUUUUUAAAAGUGAUUUAUUUAUUCUAUCUUUACUACAAAGUUAUUACAGGAGAAAAUCUUAUAACAAUAUUAAAAAUAACGGUAACAUUUUGGGGUAACUUGACAGGAUUCAUCUAUGUACCAAUUAUGUAAUUAGACUAGACUCUAAAUGUCAAAGCAAAUUUCACAAGCACGGUUUUAGCUCAGCUCUAGGACCGCUAGCUGCCAGCGUGCUUACGGUGGGUCGCCAGCGCGGUGCAAGCUUGGAGUCGGCGCGCCGACGGCAAAAGAUGCGAUGUUGUUUCGUUUGCCGCUGACGAGCGAGUCGCCCCCGCCCGGCUCGCUGUCGGCGAGUGGUAAGCACGCCGCCCGCACGCUGGAAGCUCACGGUUGCCUCUUUUACAACUCAAGAGGACCGUGUGCUAGCCACCCUCCUCCGGCUUUUUUGUAUUGACGUUAUGAAAUAUAUCAUAUAACAUACGAUUUUAAGUUCAAAUUUAAAUGACAAUUUAAUUGCUGGGUUGGAGCGGUGCUUGUUAUGUCCUUAAGGCUCAAUUUACACCACCACCGGAAUGGAAUGGAAAUACCUUUUAUAACGGAACUGUGCAUAGUAUAAUGAACUUUAUAUCAACUGUAUAACACACAAAUUACUUAAAUACCUAUGAGCCUAAAAAUUUGACGAAUCGCGUCUUUUGCCGAUUCCUCGCGCAUUCUUGAGAAUUCCCUGAUGGCCGGUCAAUGGAAUCUUCAAGAAGUAGCGCGAACCGUCAUUCAAGUCAAGUAAAAAAAAAAGACUAAACAAUAAGGUGACGUGAAUUCGCGGGAACGCUCGAAAAUUCACGCGAAUUCCGCGUCAUGAGGCGAAACUGACGCUUUUAUUUCGUUCCAUUCUGCAAGGGUGUAAAUUGAGCCUAAAAAUGCUAUAGUUUAAGGUUCAAACUGUAAAUAUCAAAAAAAAAUACAAGUAAAAUACAUAAUAUUAUAAAUCGAAAAAAAAAA